UGCAGAUUUCAGACUAUAUAAACGAAGUGUGAAUUAAUCAUGUUGUUCAAACCCUGGUCUGCCCCAACUCUGCCUCACAAUGCUAUAUCGUCUUCUUUGUUGAAAAGCAAAACAACUAGUGAUGGCUAUGGAGGUUAACAGCGAACCAAAGGAUUGGAUUAGUGAAUUGCCACAAUGCAUCCUUGUUGACAUUGUCAACCUCGUGGACACAAAAGAUGCAGCUAAAACUAGCACAUUGUCGGAAAAAUGGAAGUACCUUUGGACAAUGAGACCUGACUUAAAGUUCGAUCACCACAACUUGUUCGGUAGCAAUCAUGAAAUUAGAAAGUUUCGCAUUGAACAGUAUCAUUUUGAUUUCGUACCUUACAGGUCUGAAUUUGUGAAACGAGUGAAUCAUAUCAUGCAGCAGCGUUGCGAAGGUACAAGAAUGCACUCUCUGAACGUGACUUGCUUUAUAGAAACUGAACAUGACAGUGUUGAUCAAUGGAUAAGCUCUGCAAUCAAUGCAGGAGUUGAAAAACUUGAGCUUUUACUGGGCUUCAGGCCACAUUUCGAGCAAUGUUUUAUUUUUCCUGAAAACCUGCACUACAAUUUCCCAUAUUGGCUUUUCUCGGGACCAAGUGCUUCUUCUUUAAAAUAUUUGCAUUUAGAUACAUGUUUGCUAAGGAGUCCAAUAGCCCCGGGUGAUUUUCGUGGACUCAGCAACUUAACAACUCUUAAAUUAGAAAGUGUAGUCAUGGAAGAUGAUUUUAUUGCAUCUGUGUUCUCCAACUGUUUGUUGCUCGAAGAUCUGACCUUAAAAACAUGCGAUUCAUUUUCAAAGUUGCUUGUCGUUGGUUCGUCUCUUCGUUUGGUGCAUUUGAAAGUGAUCAGAUGUCUGAAGAUAGUGAACUUUGUGAUCUCUGCUCCAAAUCUCACUACUUUCGAAUUCAGUGGAAACAUAUUGUUGCUCUCUUCACUUGAAGCUCCUUCUUUGGAAAAGAUGUAUAUAUAUGUUUGUGGUGGUAGUGGAAUUCCUCAUGCAUUCAAUCUGUUCACAAAUCUUCCUCGGUUUGAGAAUCUGUAUCUGACACUUCCUAUAGAUCUUAGAAAAGUGGAAGGGAAGCCUAAAAGCUUAGGCUCAUUUAGAAAUCUCAAGCAAUUGGAGCUGUUCUACGGAGGGGAUUCUGAACUCACUUGGCUUUUGUCGAUUCUAAAUGCUCUUCCUCUACUGCAAAAUCUUUCACUGAUGUUUUGUAUUGAAAGGAUUGAAGAAGAUCAAACGAUGCAACGGAUAAACGUUGGCGGAACUACUCUCGAUCAACUAAAACAUGUCAAGAUGGGUGGAUGUGUUGGUAAUUGGUAUGAAAUUGAGUUUGCCAAGUUUGUGCUCAGAGCUGCAACAAAACUAGAGAAACUGGUUAUUACUCCUGUCAAGAGAUACUAUCUGGGAGAUGGAGAAGAGUUUGAUCUGAGUUUAGUUUCUUCUUGGCCUGAAUCUGACCGAGCCAGGGUCCAUGGAUCGCUCAAGGGUGAAGUACCUGCUGGCAUUCAAUUCAUAGUUCUUUGAUGAUGUCAUGAUUUAUGCUAUCAAAUUGUCAGAAUUGUCAGACUUUUACUUUAUUUUUACCGGUAUGCUUGAAAUAUUUAAGUUGUUGUUUUCUCAAAUUUUAUAACAAUUUGUGGAUUUGCCUAGUGUUACAUUAAGUUUUUUCAAAAUCAA